AUGUCAUCACCUGCAGAUAAGCAACCCGAGGCAUCCACCUCUGGCGACCAGACUUCAAAUAAUUCACAAAGGCAGAACGAUGGUCAAGAGAAUGUUCCACCACAGCAACCACAGCGGCAGUCGGCAUUUCAAGUAAUUACGCAAACGAUAUUUCACAUUCUCCUUGUCUAUUAUAUCAUGAACUUUUUUUUUAAAGGUUCAACAGAUAUAUCAUCACCUCCGGCUAUUAAGUUAUCAAGUAAUGGUGUAUCACAAAAUGAAAACGUUUAUAUAAAACAAUUGUUCCCUUCAUGGCCCUUGGAAUCGAGUAUGGAUUUACGAGUAUACAUUUCUGAAGAUGAGACCUUUACAAAGUUUAACGAUCCUUCUGUUCCCAAAUGGCACACUUCAAAUAUUCUUUUCGGUGAUUGGGAAGAUGAAAGAGAAGUGUCAUUUGAAAUUCCAACAUCAGAGGCUGUGAGGCACAAUGGUUCGUUGUACGCACACAUGUUUCUCACUCUUGGAAAAGCAUCUCCAGAUCCACUAACUCCAGGAUUUCAGGAUAAUAUGCGGCGAAAGACUGUAAAGACAAAAAAUCUUAUUCGCGGUUCCAAUGACGAUGAAAACGAAGUUGACGAAAUUAAUGAAACAAAAUUUGAUGAAAAGGUUCCUAUUGUAUCAUACUGGUCUAGAAACCUGACACUUAAUAUCGUAUCUGAUAACGCUAUUAUUCCCUACGCUAAAUUACCACCUUCAAUUGCUUCAACUAUACCAAUGGACAUGAGUAGGUUACCAGAUUCGGCUACAAAUUCUGGCUGGUAUCUUCCUAUUAUCUUCGUCAAUGACUUCUGGAUUCUUAGAGAUCAUUUAACACCUAUCAAUGAAACUGUCAAGACUUUACCGAUAAAUAUUAAGUAUUAUCCUUUAUCAUUCAUGAAAUUUCAAUUAUAUAUGCAAAUGGACGAAUCAUUCCGAAAGCAGGCGCAAAUGAUUGGAGGAGAUGCACAUUCUGAAUUUGAUGAAAUUAAGAGGAUGCUUAGAGAAACAAAUCCUAUAUUACUUUCUGUCACUUUUAUUGUAUCUUUAUUGCACAGCGUAUUUGAAUUCUUGGCUUUCAAAAAUGAUAUCUCACAUUGGAGAAAGAAGGAUGAAAUGACUGGCGUUUCUGUUAGAUCUAUUUUACUGAACAUUUUUUUCCAAGUGGUUAUUCUAUUAUAUUUACUUGAUAAUAAUGCGGACACAAGCUGGAUGAUUUUAAUCGGACAGGGAAUUUCGGUAGCCAUAGAAGCAUGGAAGAUAAAAAAGGCCGUUGGUAUUGAGAUAAAAUCGUCUCAAGGAACAGGUUACUUGCCGUACACUAUAGAGUUUGUUGACAGACACAAACUAAGUGAGUCUGAAGAAAAGACGAAAGAUUGGUAUUCAUUUAUUCUGACCACUCUUGUUGGAUUUGUGUAUGCCUUCGGAUUCAUAAUGAUGACGCCACAAUUAUUUAUCAACUAUAAACUUAAGAGUGUUGCACAUAUGCCUUGGAAAACUUUGAUGUACAAAACGCUUAGUACGUUUGUAGAUGACCUUUUUGCUUUUUGCAUAAAAAUGCCAACGUUACAUCGUUUAGCUUGUUUAAGAGACGAUGUGAUAUUCUUUGUCUAUCUUUAUCAAAGAUGGAUUUACCCUACGGACAAUAAAAGAGCAAAUGAAUAUGGGCAGGUGGAUGAGUCAAAUGAAAAUGAAAAAGAUGAACAAAUGGAGAGUAAAAAAGAUAGUGUGAUGUUAUUUGAACGCUGUCUAAUGUAA